AUCCAGUUCUUGUGUUUCAGAAGUCUUGCUAUAAGCAAAUAGCAACAAAACCACCUGUGAUAUCCUUGGUAAAAAUGAGUGUGUUUCUGGUAUUUGACUAAGGAUUUCUCCCUGGCAGGUUUUCGAUUGUUUCUAGAAUUUUUAGCCUUAUAAUAGUUGAGUUGACUGUCAGGCAGAUAUCGCGAAUGCAAACAAGCCAGAUAACAAGGUCUGUGUUCUUGUCUUCUGGCACACGGCAAUAGCUAGGAAAGAGGCUAAUAGAAUGGAGCUUGCAAAGAAGAGGAUUUAUUUUUUUGCUUUGGCGAGGCACGUGGUCAGGUAAAAAGCAGGCUUGCAAAAAUUCGAUCAAAACAGCUAACAGUAUAUGUUAGAAUACGCUCCCAUGAAUAUGCUCUCUAGGUUCUGCAUUCUACAUAGCCAGAAUCACACCGGCACGUAACCUAACAGAUAACGGACCUCUAUUGGUUGGUCGAAACGCAAUCCUUUUAAAACUCGAAUUGAUACCUCUUAUCACGAGAAAAAGAGAUGUUAAGUACCCUAUAUUUUGAAAUAAACUACUGUCUACCGACUAAAUAUUUUGCUUUAAUUGUCUAACCUAAUCAGUGGAUAGAAAAGUUAUGAUAAGUGAUAUUUUAUCUUCCUUUAAGUUCAAGUGUAAAAAUCAACAUUCUAAAGGUGUUUUUCUAAUCAAAAAGCCCUUGUAGAUGGUGUUAUAAUCCCAAAAUUGCUUCAAGCAAAGCUGCACUUCGAUUUACUCAAAUAGAUUGCCAACUGAAAAAAUCUGAUUUCUUUCUUUUAAGUGUCGCAACUGUUUCAAUUGGCAUAACCUUUUGCUUUUAGAUAUUAUCAAAUUGAGGUUUGAUGAUUAUAAAAUCAGUUCUGCUUGCAUUUUCCAUUUGCAUCAUGACGUCUGAAAAAUUUGAAGGCUUUGCUGAAUGGGAACAUUCAAAUUUCUGGUGACGUGACUUCCGGUUAUUUGCCAGAAUUUCCUCAAAGCUCGAAAUUAUCUUUAUGACCCACACUUUUAAUUUCUGAUUAGGCAGGUUGCAAGAAGGUUAUGUAAAAAUCCUCGCUUAUAUGGGUCUUUGAAAGUAAGGAUGUAACUAACAUUUGCAAUUUCUUAAAAACUUUGUAGCCAACAUUCCAAGAUAACGUCAAUACAUUCCGAGCUAUUUAUCUUAAAGAAGAAAUCAAAAUUGUUAAUGAUAAUCAUACUAUUGCAAAAAUGUUUGUUAAUAUUAAAGACAACCUUGGAAUCAAGCAGCAAGAUGCUUACAUUCCUUUAAUAGAAAUGUCCUAAUUCGAUACUGUAUUUGGACUAUGCUCUACUUUAAAGAAUAUUUCCAAACUAACUAAGGUACCAGUUACACUAUGCCGGAUUGCUAUCGGAGCGGUGUAACUCUCAUAUUGGAUAGGGGUUUGAGUUACACUACGCCGCACGAAUCCGAUACACAAUGCUCUGAUUAGCGGGGUGAAAAUCCGUACUGGAGGUAAUACGAAAAUCACUCCGGAGUCACUCCGUAGCGGAGCGUUGUAGUGUAAUUGCACGAAUCCGAUAAACUCCGCUUUGAAACAAAGAAUUUCCUUAUUGUUUUCUGCUUGAAACAAUUCUAUCGUUAGUGAACAAAGGCGAUCUCUGAGCUUUUGUUGCUGUUGGAUAGUGCCCAAUUGAAAUUUUCCCAACAUUUUCCUAAUUGGGAUUUUAUCUUUCCCCAAAUUUCAUUGAAGUUGCCCAUGGACUAAACUCAUACUUAGACACAUCGAAUAGCAACGCAAUCUCGCUAUCCGUCCAACGAACCCCCAUCACUUAUCGCUCAAUUUUCAGGGUUGUUUUCGUCUUAUUAUGUAGUAGUUGUUGAAAACGAACUUACAAUAGCACAUAGCUUCGAAAAGUUCAUCAUCAACUUAUUUAUUCUGGUGCAUUUUUCGCAUGAGUUUACAAAAGCACACUGCAAAAGCACACUGCAGAGGGAUGCAGGCUUAUGAACAAGCGGAGCGUCAUGGUGAAACUGCUACCUCAAAUAUCACUCUGGAGUAAACGUUACUCCGCUCUGCUCCGCUCCAAUAACAGUCUGGUAUAGUGUUACUCUAGCCUAAAGCUUAGUAACAUCAAGAUACGUCAAACUGCCGCUUCAAUCGACUCUAUUUGGAAAAUUGAGAUCUAGAAACAAAAAGUUUUGUUGGGUGAUAACUAAUAGUAAGAAGAAAUUUCCAGUAAGGAGAUCUUACUAUUAUUCAUUAGUUUUAAAAAUUGCUUAGGUGAAAGCAAUUAUAAAAUGCUAGUUUUCUUAGCGGAAUACUAACAUUUUUGUCAAAAGGUUUUCUAACUGUAGUAUUCUGGUGCAGGACAAAGUUUUUAUGUAACGAUACAAACCACCUAAAACUUCUACCUAAAACAAACAAAUAUAUCAAAUUUUAGUUUGAUUGGGUACCUACCGCUUUUUACUAAAAUUUGGUCAAUCUCCUUGAAAGCAAAGGUUUGCAACGCCUCAUCACAGCAGAUUUAUGUGGAAUUUACGUGUGAAAAAUAAUUUUUGAAAUAUAUUUUUUGGCAGAUUUUACACGUUAUCUUAAAGGAAAGUGGUGAGAAUGCCCGGUUCUUGGUAUUGGCUUAAGUUUUUUUACAUUAUUUGGGUUGUGAUUUGCUGAGCAACGAGAGAGGCCAAGUGUUAGAGCGCAAGCUCUUAGCCAAUCACGAUUUGAGCACUAUGCUUUCAUUAUCAUCAUUGGUGAUUUUAUUGAAGAUUUCUGACAAUUUGGAGGACUAUAAGAGUUUAGAUGAAUAACGACAACAGCUUUGAUGCACUGAAAAGAAGCAAGGCUAUAUCAGGUUAGGCUCUCCUAUAGUUGUCCGACUAUAAUAUCCAUGGCAGCAACCUUUGUUUAGGUUUAGAAUGAAUAUUUUAUUUUUCUGACUUUGGUUGCUCAAAUAAAUUCUUCCACAGAUUCAUAAAUUGUCUGAAACACUAAUUUGUGGUCUUUUUCGAAUUCAAGUGAUGUCUCAUUAAAGAUUAAAUACUUUCAUCGCUUAUGAAGUUUUAACGAUAGUGUUUGAGAAUCUUUCUGAUGUCGGUGCAAGAUUGGUUUUAAUAAACAUCAAUCAAAUGACGGAGAAUUUAAGGUGAACAUUCUGAAAAAGUCACGCUUUCGAAAUCACAAUAUUUACGGUUUUGAAAAGUAGGAAAUAUCAAGGUAUGAGGAAAUUCUGAAAGGUGAUGCGUAAAAGCAUUCAAAAUGACGGAAAAUUCUGCAAUGCAAAAAAGUAAAUCUGUAUUUGGUGAAAUUUCAAGCGAAGAGCUUAGUCAAGCAUUUAAUUUGUUUGAUCGCGAUGGAAGUGGAGAGAUUUCAAGAGAUGAGCUCACAGACGUCAUGCGGGAACUUGGAAUACAGUUAUCUGAAAAAGAACUGAACGACAUUGUGGAAAUGAUCGACACAAGCGGGGAUGGUAGCAUAAGCUUCGAAGAACUUGAAACAAUCGUGAGACCAAACAACCUACCAAAUCAAUGGGAGAAAGUGCAGAAGGCAUUUCAAAUUGUCGAUACUGACAGAAAUGGACUGAUUGGCUCCGACGAACUUCUGCAUGCAUUUCAACAGCUUGGUGAAGAAAUCACAAAGGAGGAAAUUGCCAAAUUAAUUAGGGUUUUUGAUUGGGAUUGCGAUGGAUUCAUCAACGUUUACGAGUUCGAGAAGCUUAUCAAGACCUUUGGAACUUGAAACUCAGUUGAUUUCAAGAAAUUCAUUUUGACGAUUAGUUAUAGCAAAAAUGUAUGAUGAUUAGUUAUAGCAAACUUGUGCUUACAUACAAAACCAGCGCUUACAAAGUGUUUGAAGUAAUACAUAAGAUACCUCGCACUUAAUGUAGAAUAUUUGUGCUUCCUUUAUACCACCAAUUAUUUGACGUUCUUCAGUAAGAAUAUUUAGUGACGUUCUGAAAAUUUAAUAUUUCUAAGCGAAUUGUUUAGCAAGUGUCAUGUGCCACAUGAUCUCCAAAUUUUAUACAGCUUGUGUGAAUAAAAUUUUUGAAAUAUCUAGCAAUCAAUUUCUUAGCAAACAACAGCUGCUCUUAAAGGUUGCAGUUACACUUUCAGUUACCAAAGACAAUUCACCAAUUGAAGUCAAUUCACUAACUUGAAAUAACGGGCUUAUUAUCUGAAAUGCCAACAUGAAGCCCCAUGAAUGCAAACAGCCAGAAAUAAGUUGCUACAAAAAGCCCCUAUCUUUUAGAAAUUAGCCUUUCUCUUGAAGAUUUUGUGUAUUGAUUGCACGAUGGGUAAUAUCUUGUUAAUGACUGAUUGCCCCAUUGACCAAGUUAGUAAAAUGUUGAUUUUUAUAUUUAAAAAGAAAGCGUUUACAAAAAUGUAAAUCAACUGAAAGUACUCUUUACGAAUUGACAUAUUAUAUACAUUAUGCUAGUUUCCUUUUUAAGUGUCAGAUAUAAAAAAGCUAGUUUCCAA